AAUCAACGGAGAAUAGCGGGGGGGGGGGGGGAAGAGAUCGAUCCUGAUCGAUCGACCCGGGCUCGGUGGCACCGGGCGGAGGAGGAGAUGCGUUGCCUGGUAACGGAACCGGGACCGGGGCGUUGAAGCAGAAGGACCGUCGCUCCUCGUCUCCAGCGGAGGAGCCUGUAGGCGCCGUGAUGCCGUGCUCCUGCGCCCAGUGGAGGAGGUGGAUCCGCCCGCUGGUUCUGGUUCUGUACACUCUGCUGCUGCUCGCCCUGCUGCCGCUCUGCAUCUGGGAGCUGCAGAAGGACAAGGUGCGCCUCCACCGCUGUUCCCACCUCCGUCCUUAUCUACGGCUUCACCUUCAUCUGUACCUCCACCUUGACCACCAUCCUCACCUCCAUCCUUUCUUUUGUGCGAUUGCUUCAUCCGUGCAGGUGGGGACUCGCGGCAAAGCCUGGUUCAUCGCCGGCGUGUUCGUCUUCCUCACCAUCCCCAUCUCGCUGUGGGGCAUCCUGCAGCACAUGGUGCACUUCACCCAGCCGGAGCUGCAGAGGCCCAUCAUCAGAAUACUUUGGAUGGUGCCGAUCUACAGUUUGGACAGCUGGCUGGCCCUGCGGUACCCCGGCCUCGCCAUCUACGUGGACACGUGCCGGGAGUGCUACGAGGCCUACGUCAUCUACAACUUCCUGGUGUUCCUGCUGAGCUUCCUCAGCAACCAGUACCCGAGCCUGGUGCUGAUGCUGGAGGUGCAGCAGCAGCAGCCGCACCUGCCGCCGCUGUGCUGCUGCCCGCCGUGGCCAAUGGGAGAAGUGCUGCUGUUCCGGUGCAAGCUGGGAGUCCUCCAGUACACUGUGGCUCGGCCCGUCACCACGGUGAUAGCCCUGAUCUGUCAGCUGUGUGGCGUUUAUGACGAAGCCAACUUCAGCUUCAGAAACGCGUGGUCCUACCUGGUGAUCAUCAACAACAUCUCCCAGCUGUUUGCCAUGUACUGCCUGGUGCUGCUGUACCGAGCUCUCAGGGAGGAGCUGACUCCCAUCCGGCCGGUGGGGAAGUUCCUCUGCGUCAAACUGGUGGUGUUCGUCUCCUUCUGGCAGGCGGUCUUCAUCGCGUUCCUGGUGAAGGUUGGCGUGAUCUCCGACAAACACACGUGGGACUGGGACAGCGUGGAGGCCGUGGCCACCGGACUGCAGGACUUCAUCAUCUGCAUAGAGAUGUUCCUGGCUGCCAUCGCUCACCACUACACCUUCACCUACAAACCAUACGUCCAGGAGGCGGAGGAGGGGUCGUGUUUCGACAGCUUUCUGGCCAUGUGGGAUUUCUCUGACAUCAGAGCUGAUGUCACAGAGCAGGUCCGCCAUGCAGGUCGUACCCUGCUGGGUCGUCCCAACAAGAUGUACUUCGGCCCGGCUUCUCAACCAGAACACACCGAGCACACGGGCCUCCUCACGGCGUCCUCGUCCCAGGACCCCGUCGCCGCGGCGACCACAUCGAUGCCCUCCUCCCCUCCCGCGAGUGGGCGGUACCAAGGCCUCGGCCACACCUCUGCGCCGCACUCCAUCUCGGCCCCGGCGGGGUUCACCUCCUCGCCUUGGGACAACGACAGCGACGGCUCCCCUCCUCGGGCGGGAGACGCCAGCGGCACAUAGCCCGGGGGGGGGACGGAUUAAAGAUGGAUUCCAUCAAAGGAGAAGGCGUGUUUGUGAUGUCACAGUGUUUUUAAGCAGAAUUAGUUUGAAAUGUUUGAAAUCUGUAUUUGGGUGUCAGAUGAUUUCAUUUUGAUGAAUGUAUCUGUUGAAAAGAACAUUUAUGUAUUACAUAUUUAGAUUGUUGUUGUUGUUGUUUAAAGGGAGACAUAUCAUAAGGACAUGUGAUUCAACGAGCCAAUCGCAUGUAGCUCAUCCAUCAUUAUAAGACACACCCUCAGUAGCCAAUCGGAGAGGGGCUUUUUAAAAAUGGGGUUCUUAAAGGGGAAAAGCGUUUUUUUUAAACUUCAAAGCGAGUUAGUUGUAUAUUGUGUAGUGUGAAGCGGAUCCUGAGCACGAUGU